GGUAUAACUAUAACGAUACGUAUUAAAGAACAUACGUACGAGAAAGUUUAUAUAGUUCAUAAACUUGAGUUUACAGUUUAUAAAUGGAAAAAUAAGUGUUCGGGAUAAUUACGAAAAAUGGAAGAUAUAAACACAGAUACGACAAGUUCUAAACAAUCAAGGUUUCAGGUAGACAAAGUUGAUUUUGUCGGUGAAAAGUCAGUUGUUAAUUCAGAAGAUUAUACAGACGAACUCCACUAUCAUGGAUCUUCAACACUUCAUUCAGCAUCAGGAAAUUCAAAUACAUAUGAAAAUACACAAAAUAUCAGAAGUUUGCGCCAUUAUACAAGGGAAGCUCUACCAAACGUUGACUACUAUCGAAAUAUCAUGUCCGUUCAUGGUUACUUAUACCGUCCAACUCUGGAUGAACUCCAUAAUGUUACUCAUCGCCACCAGCAGCCAGAAAGAGGAGAAAAGAAUCAUAAGUUGUCCAAGGGAGAAGUAAGAAUCACAGAUGCUGUAAAGUUUGGUUGGAUACAAGGAGUUUUAGUACGAUGUCUCCUCAAUAUUUGGGGUGUUAUGCUUUUCAUUCGGUUGUCCUGGGUUGUAGGACAAGCUGGAAUUGGACUAGCAUGUGUUAUAAUUCUUUUGUCCAUGGUAGUUACAAUAUUGACAACAGUGUCAAUGUCAGCUAUCUGUACAAAUGGAGAGGUGAAAGGAGAUGUGAACUGGGGAUCAUCAACUCAAGCCCAAACUUACAAAGGUGCUCUGAGCUCUGUCCUCAAACUAAACCAAAUUCAAGAACAUGUUAAAAACUAUAGGCCUCAGAUUUUGGUAUUGACUGGAAAGCCUAGUAGUAGACCUUCUUUGAUUGACUUUGUUUACAGCAUUACCAAGAAGCUGAGUCUUAUGAUAUGUGGAGAUGUUCAUAAUAUAAUACUAAAUCAGCGGGAACGAGAUCAACUACACUGGGAAGCAUAUUCAUAUUUACAAAAAAGAAAAGUUAAGGCAUUCUACAGUUUGAUACAAGAAAGCAGCUUCUCGAGAGGAGUCAGGUCACUUAUACAGUUGGUUGGUGUAGGCAAACUUCGACCCAACAUGAUUUUCAUGGGCUAUAAAAAUGACUGGCAAGAAUGUGAUGAAAAAGAUGUUUUGGAGUAUUUCAACAUCAUUCAUGAUGCAUUCGAUAUGCACAUGUCUUUGGGAAUUUUGCGGCUCCAAACGGGGUUUGAUUAUUCAGAGUAUGACAUUGCAGAGGAGAAUGGGAUUGCAACUGAUGCACUACAAGGCUUUGAAAGAGAAGAAUCGGAUCAUGCUUUCCCAAGAAAUGUCUCGAGUGCACAACUUUCAACAAUGAAGCCUACAGCUUCGUGGCUGAUGAUGUUUGCAGCUUUUUCUGGUGGUGCUUCAAGCUCCCAUGAGUGUACUCCAGUCUCCACUCCUAUUCUAACUCGUUUUAAGUCUCCAAGUUCUCAAGGAGAAAAGGCAAAUUCUACAGAAAUACAGAAAAGCUCUCAGGUGAUGAAAGAAGCAAUAAAAGACAUCCCAAAAGAUAUCUUAAGUAGUGUAAACCAGUUCCAACGUAAACAAAAGAAGGGAAGGAUUGAUGUGUGGUGGCUCUAUGAUGAUGGUGGCCUCACAAUGCUGAUACCGUAUCUUCUCACAACUCGUUCUCAGUGGAGUAGCUGUGAGCUUAGGGUUUUCUCUUUGGCCAAUAAGAAAGAUGAGCUUGAUCGAGAACAACGAAACAUGGCUGCAUUAUUGAGCAAAUUUAGGAUUGACUAUUCAAAUGUUAUUGUCAUCCCAGAUGUUGUGAAGCCUCCUCAAGAAUCAAGCAAACAAGAGUUUGAUGCAUUAUUGAAUAAAUGGAGAACAAGUGAUGAGUCCGAAAGAGAUCCUCUUCUGUCAGUGUCUGAUUCUGAGUUUCUAGCCCUGAAAGAUAAAACUCGUCGCCACAUUCGACUCCGUGAGUUACUUCUCCAGCAUUCUCUCAAUUCAACUUUAAUAGUAAUGACCUUACCCAUGCCUAGGAAAGGAACUUGCUCUGCUCCAAUGUACAUGGCUUGGUUGGAAACAUUGACACGAAACAUGCCUCCUUUUCUACUGAUACGUGGCAACCAAACUAGCGUAUUGACAUUCUACUCUUGAACACAUCUCUUUACAAAAAAGAAAAGAAACUAUACCAGACUUACGUUUUACAAACUAUUACCAUCAUUUUUUGUAUGUAUUUUUUGUGUAGGUAAUGAUUAAAAUAAAUGUCUAAUAGAUAUCUAUUUAUAUGUGCAUAAAAUUAAAAUUGUA